GAACCCCAUACCCGAAACCUUAAAACUAAGACUAGUAUCAAGCAUCAUACCGCAAUUCCCUCAUAUCAGUCCUCGAUAUUGAAUAUUCUCUAUACAAGGAAGAGGGGUUUAUCAACUGAAACCCACUCGACGGAUUAGAAUUGGCCAAAUCAGCCAAGCCCGAGGAUUCUCCGGUCCCCUCGACGAGACGACGAUCACCGGCAGCGUGGUCUACGUAUGGUGAAUCGUCUAUCUGGUGGGAACCAUAUUCCGCGCUAUACUGCAUCCUGGGGAUGUUUCCUCAUUGUCAUUUGCUGUGGUGACGAUACCACGCCUCCAGAGGGGCUGACGAGUCUAGAUUGGGUUGGCUAUGAAGGAUUGUGCUAAGACCCUAGGCUGUUUUCCCGGAAUAUUAUGCCCCCUAUAAGUACCAUCGAGGGGAGGGUGAAAAAAAAAAAAAAAAAAGGUUUCCAGAGUUCUCUGGUCAGUCCUCGCAAUGUUUCACGGUAGAAUACGGUCUGUGGCCUUCACGGCCGCCGUGACGGGCCUUUUCACAGCAACUGUCGCUCAGGCUGGGAAUUGCUCGCCAUCUGUAAUUCCCUAUCCAUCUAUACCUGAAGGACAGGUACUGGAUCUCUCUGCCAUUCCGGUAUCGAAUUAUGCAUACGAUGAGUCUACACUAGACUUCUGCAAUGUGACGGUCACAUACACCCACCCAGGGAAGAAUGAUACCAUCCAUGUCACAGUCUGGCUCCCCUUCUCCAACUGGAACAACCGACUCCAAGGCUCCGGCGGAGGCGGAUUCGCCAUGAGAUCGGAGGAUGCCGUCCUCGCCGCAGCUGUGGCCCAGAACUAUACGGUCCUAGCCACGGACGGCGGCCACGAGGUGAACUCGCAGAGUUCAGCAUCAUGGUCCCUGGACGCUUCCGGAAAUGUGAACAUGGAUUUACUGGAGGAUUUCGCCUACGUCGCUCUCGGCGACGCCGCGACGAUCGGUAAACAGAUCGCCACCAGUUUCUACGGUCUUGCUCCACGGCACUCGUACUGGAAUGGGUGCUCGACAGGCGGCAGACAGGGUCUGAUGCUCGCACAACGAUAUCCAACCGCGUACGACGGUAUCAUGGCCGCCGCACCGGCAAUCAAUUGGGCGAGUUUCCUGGUCGCAGAGUUCUGGCCCCAGUUUGUCAUGAAUCAACUUGGUGCGUUUCCUCCAACUUGUGUCUCGGAUGCCAUUACUGCUGCGGCGAUCAAGGCGUGCGAUAAUAUCGACGGGGUUGUGGACGGAGUGAUUUCUGCACCUGACUUGUGUGACUUUGAUCCUUUUACUACGGUUGGCACGAGGGUAAACUGUAGCGGAGUCAGUGUGAGCAUCUCCGAGAAGGAUGCUGAAGUGGCCAACAGUACAUGGGAGGGACUCAGGUCUUCUGAGGGCAAGUUCCUAUGGUACGGACUUGAGAAGGGCACGCCCCUGUCAAUGGGCGCGUCGAGUCUCGCCGGGACCGUAUGCUCGACACCCUUCAACUGCACCGGGUCUCCGUUUGCUAUCUCUUCAGACUGGAUCCGUCGGUUUAUCCUGCAAAAUCCAUCCUUCGACCUCACCACGCUAGACCACGAAGCCCUCGAUAAAAUAUUCACUCUUUCCAAGGAAAGAUACAACGACGUAAUCAGCGCCGAUAAUCCAAACCUCUCCGCCUUCAAACAGGCAGGCGGGAAGAUGAUCACCUGGCAUGGACUAUCGGACACAUUGAUCUUCCCCAAGGGUACAGAACAGUACUACAAACGCGUGGAAGAGAAGGACCCAUCCGUGCGCGACUUUUACCGCUUCUUCAAAGCCCCAGGCGUACAUCAUUGUUCUGGUGGUGUGGGACCGGUCCCUGUUGAUCCGUUGAGCCAAGUGGUAGAUUGGGUGGAGAAUGGUGUUGUGCCUGAGACUGUGGAUGCUUUGGCUGCUGAUGGACGGACGAGGAACUUGUGUCUUUAUCCACUUUUUUCGGUGUACAAGGGUGGUGAUGUGAAGGAUGCGGCGAGUUAUCGGUGUGAAGAAGGUUAUUAG